GCUCCAGUCCCUCAGAGACGUUCCCAUGAUCCCUCUGGCCAACGGCAGUGUGGUUUCUCUGAGUACGUUUGAGGAGGGAGUUUUCUUUCCUCUCAGUGAUGUGACACAAGCUCAAACAGAUCUGCAGGCUCUGUACCAGGACCUGAACAUCGUGGAGCCGCGGCUGCUGGCGUGUCUGGAUGAACUGGGAAACUCGCAGGUGCGGGAGCUGCUCCGGAGACUGAACGUCCACGAGCUGGAGCCGCAGCAGGUCCUGCAGCAGCACAUCUACCCGCUGCUCAGGAGCAAAGCCUGGGAGAAAAAGCCGGAGGACAUCGUCAUCAGCUACCUGGUGUUCAUCAAACUGCACUCUCAGGAUCAGGAUUACAGGAGCCUCAUCACACACCUCCCUGUGCUGACUAACAAGGGCUUCCUCUGCCCCGCCGAGCACAAAAUCCACUUCUCCAAAGAAUACGGCAACAUCCACCUUCCCAGUGUGCUGCCCGGUGUGGACUGGGUGCUGCUGGACGCUUGCUAUCUGAGGGCCGACCGAGACGCGAGCGGAUGGAGAGACUUCUUCAGUGCACUGGGAGUGCGAGACCUGCUCAUCUUCAGGAAGGAGAAGCGCACCUUCAACGUCUCUGAGCUGGCGUCCAGCCCGUGGGCAGAGGAGAGCAAGCUGUGGUCCAGGCCCGCGGAUGGGCCGUAUGUCAUCGAGGAUCAGCACUGCGCUGAGUUUCAUACGCUGGCCACUGCAGAUCAUCUGACCGCUGACAGCAAACUACAGCAGAGACAAGCGCUGAUCAGCCUUCUGGACAAGAACUGGGACACCGGAGAGAAGUACUCGCAGUACCUCCGGGUUCAGGUCUGUGACAGUCAGGGCCGCUCCGUGAGGGAGGUCAGAUCCUCCUUCUACCAUCACCUCACGCAGCUGUCCUGGGUUCCCGCUCGCAGACCGCCGUGGGACGAGAGCCGACCCGUCUCCUACCUACAGCCCAACUUUGUCUACAUCUUCUCUGCAGAAGUGCACCAGCUCCUCGGCUCCCACGUCGAUUACGCACAUGGCGCUCAGAUGCCCAGUGAAUUCACCAGAGCCAUAGGGAUGAGACACACUGUGCAUGUGAAGGACAUGAUUGGCUAUCUGAAGCGUUGGUGCGUGAAGGUGUCUGAAAAUCCGUCUGAGGAUCCUGAAGGAGCAGAUUUCACUACUACAGUCGAUCACAUCCAUACAGUGUAUCGUUACCUGUCCGCCGAGUGCACUAGCACCGAGCUCCGAGACCUGUUCCAGCAUGCACCUGCUGUCUUCAUCGAGUACGACAGGGAGGAUGACUGGUGCUCCGGGCGUUUCUAUCAUCUUAAGGAGGUUUGCUGGUCUGAUCCGACGGGCAUGUUUCACAGAUACAAGGAGCUGAUUCGACGCGCUGACAGCGGCAUACAGGAGCCCAGAGUCCUGGCACCCUUUUAUAAUCAUUUGGAGGACAUGAAGAAAUUUUUCAAGUCUCUGAGUGUGGAGCCCAGUCCGUCUAUGAAGAAGUACGUGUCUCUGCUGGAGGCCGUCUGUGAGGCGUCUCCUCUUGCGACAGGAGAUGUUGUCCAAGACGUCUCGGUCAUCUUCGCCAAACUAGCUGAUAUAUGUAAGUUCCGUGUUCAUGGAGAUCAGGAUCAGGACACUCAGCUCUACCCAGUCUACUGCAGCUCUCUGAAAGACAUGGUGUCUCGUAAAAGAGUGUUUCCCACCAAGACUAGCGGUUGGGUCACAUUAGCUUGUAAGCCCAUGAUCGCAGACAGCGCAAACCUGGAGAAGAUCUUCAAAUCGCAUGGUUCGGUUUGUCUGCUCAACCUGCCGUCUGCAGCCAAGAGAGCAGCCAACAAACCCAGGCAUGAAGGCAAGCAGGAGAAGGAGGCGUUCAGCGAGCGCGACCGUGAAUUAUUCCUGGAGAUCUGCGGGGUGGAGCGGCUCUCCCGGCGCGUGACCACCGAGCCACAGACCGAGAACUACAGGCCUUGCCCCGCGGUGCAGACCCUGGUGCGGCAGCUCGUCCCCUACAUCCAGAGGUUCAUCUUCCACAACGCUGAUUUCGAUGACGUGUACAGUGAGCUGAAGGAGAGUGGGAUUGCUAAAUGCAUUCGCUCGCUAAGUUUUGGACAGGUUGGGAAGCUGUAUAUUCACUAUCGGCUUGAGGUGCCGGAUGAGAACACCAUCUAUGAGAGCGAGGAUAUUAUAUGUCUCCUAAAAGACAAAAAAGAGCUGUACAUCCAUAAAGAUCACCUCUCGGCCAAACUGGACAUCUGCAGAGAGCUGGUGAAACUGUUCACCACAGACAAGAGCUUUGCUAAAGAGCUAGAGCGCUUCCUCCAGGGCCUUGUGACAUGCGUAAAUGACCAAGCUGCUUUAAAGAGGUUUCUGGACAGAGAAAACGCUCGAGAGCUCCCUGCAAAUGAGGAACCAUGGGAGGUGCCGGCGCCGGUGGAAGUAAAAGCAGAAACCAUCGUAUCGUCUUUGGUCCGGCCGUCAGGAGACGUGCAGGAGGAGGAAAUGCAGACACAACACAAUAAAGAGGACCGGCUGGUUUGCUGGCCACCAAAAGCCUCUCUCAGUAAAACAAGUGGCAGCAGUUCAGGCAGUCAGGCUGUUGAAGAGGUGAUGAAGAUGUGGCCUCCUCCUGCUGCUCCAGCUGCUGCGGGUCUCGAGAGGAGCUCGUCCAAUAUCAGCGUUCAUCAGAGAACCGCGGAGUCUCCACUGCACACAGAACCAAGAGCUCAACAUGAACAGAGUCCCAGAGCAAGCAGCUUCCCGCCACGAGCCACAGAGCGGAGGGAAGAGUCCGCUGUGCAGGAUGUCCAGUCUGUGGUCAGUCCUCAGCAGCCUGUGAAACCAAACGCAGCUACAGAUGAAGGAGAAGAAACUACAGUGGACAAAACCAACCCGCCACCAGCAGCAGAUGAUGACCACUCAACACUGCUAAGCCAAAACCCAGCCCAGGCUCCAGAGAUAGUGCUGAGCCAGUUCCAGGGAGCUGAAGCCCUGCAGCGUCCGCCCAUGACUCUGGACAGCGCCGUCUGGAGCAAAGCCGUGGCUCCGGAGGAAGUUCUGGAGGAUCUGCCGCUGGAUUGCACCAUGCCUCAAACCCUGGUGCUGCCUAAAGACAAAGAAGACACGGGCAGCAUCGGACAGUGGGGAGAGCAGCUGGUCCACUCCUUCCUCACGCACUGGAGAGAGAACGGCGGCCCCAGUCAAAUCACCUGGUUCAACGAGAAAGGAGAGAGCGGCCGCGCAUGCGACUUCAAGCUGACCUUCACAAAUAACGGGAGCACGCAAGAAGUCUUCGUGGAGGUGAAGACGACGGUCAGGCGAGAUCGACACUUCAUCCACAUGUCUGCGAACGAGCUGGAUCUGGCACUGAAGGAGAAGGAGCGGUAUCACAUAUACCGAGUGUACGGCGCUGGAGAUGCGCAGCACGUGCGUCUCUGUCGCAUCAAGAACCUCGCGCAGCAUCUGCACUCUAAGUCCCUGGAACUCUUUUUAUUCGUGUAGCCAUCUUUCGUCUCACUGAAAAUCUCGAGUUGUUUUAGAAUAACAUUUCUGACCUAUGUUAGCUGUACAAUUCUGCCUGUUUGCACUCUAUCCUGUUCAUCGAUUCUUUUAAUUGUUUUUUUUUUUAAACUACUGAUACUGUUUGUACUGAUAUGUGCGAUAUGUGCACAAUUUUAGUGGCCAGUUAUAGUUAAACGUUUUAAAGAAUCAACAUGUUCUCUAUCCACAUGUUCGGUCAUGUAUUCAAAGCACAGAUUUUGCAUUGAUUCUUUCAUAAGCUCUACUGUAAAAGUGUAUCUUCACUCUUUGGAUUGUGCUGUAAUCAGUUCCGUAAAUAAAAGAAAUGUUCCGAAAA